AUGGCUGAUUACGACAACGACAACGGCCGCUACGCCGACGAGCCCCGGUACGAGCGCGAUGAGCGCGACCGCAGCGCUUCUCCCCGUGAUGAGCCCCGAGGCGACCGUGCCCGCAGCCGCUCCCCAAAUGGCCGCUCCGACGACCGGUAUGCUUUCUCCUCCCUUUCCCCAUACAUCAGGGAUCGAGUCCCUAAAUCUGAUGAACAAAGGCCCAGACCCUCGGCGAUUCGUAAGCCUCUGGAUGACGAUGAGGAGGGUGCCAUCAACACCGGCUCCAACCUUUUCGUGACUGGCAUUCACCCUCGUCUGACCGAGUCCGACGUCUCACGCCUGUUCGAGAAAUACGGUGAUGUGGACAACUGCUCGAUCAUGCUCGACCCCCACACCAAGGAGUCCCGUGGCUUUGGCUUCGUCAACAUGGCCGCUGCCGACCAGGCCGAUGCCGCCAAGGAAGGCCUCCAGGGCGAGGUCAUCGAGGGCCGCACUCUCAGCAUCGAGAAGGCCCGUCGCAGCCGUCCUCGUACCCCGACUCCUGGCAAGUACUUCGGACCCCCCAAGCGCGACCGUGGACCCGGAGGUCCUCCCCGCCGUGAUGACCGCUACGGUGACCGCCGUGGUGGCUACGGAGGUGGUGGCUGGCGUCGUCGCGACGAUGACCGCUACGGCCGUUACGACUCGUAUGACCGCCGCGGCGGCGGCGACUACGGUGGCCGUGACUCUGGACGUCGUGACUACCGCGGUGGUGGAGAUUAUCGUGACGACUAUGGUGGCUACCGUGGCGGUGGCGGUGGUGGAGAUCGCUAUGGUGGUCGCGAGGACCGUUACAGCCGCGAUGACCGCCGUGGUGGUGGUGAGGGCGGUGGUCGUGACCGUGGCUACUACGACCGCGAUGCCAACGCUGCCAGCUACGAUGCUGCACCUCCCCGCGAGCCUCGCGAGGCCUAUAGUGGCGGUGCCGGCGGUAAUGGUGGCCGCUCUUACGAGGGCCGUCCCGAUGACCGCUACGGCAGCAGCUCCCCUUCCCCAAAUUCCCCUUUGCUGUCAUUUUGA